AUGGCGGUCGGAGGAGUCGCCAACAUCUUACGCGUGUUAGUAUUUGCCGGACCUCCGGUGCUUGCGAAAACGGAGCUCCGGGGGCUGGGGGCGACGACGGCCCAGGCGGGCGUUCCGACUAGCUUCCAGUUUGUCCUGAAGGACGCCGGUGGAAACGCGCUCGAUUCGAACACCCUCAGCGACGCAAACCUGCCGACGAUCAUCCUCACCUCCUCGCUCAACAGCAGCGUCACGUCAACGUCGUCUGUGCGUCCGUUUGCGCUAUCCUUCCUGGCUGUUUUCACGGCGGUCCAGAGCAGCUAUCUAGACAUCUAUGCCCAAGGCCAGCAGUUCCACUACACCGGGCUCACGGUUACGCCGGGUCCUGUAUUCACCUCCGCCUGUUACGCUGUCGGGGCCGACGUCGGCACCGCGGCCGCGCCCGCGAGCGUCGCGGCCGGCUUGCAAGCCGUCUUCUCCAUCUACCCCCGGGACUAUUACCAGAACCUUUCCCCGGACGGCAAUCUUAUCUUCGACGCAAAACUCACGCUGGACAUCAGAGUCUUUUCGGCGCCCGCUGGAAGCUUUUCCAGCUACUAUGUGCCUAAGUGGACGGUAGUGACGCCGGAUUCGGUGACGUUUGUGGGCGACCACUACGAAGUGGCGUACACGCCAACAGUCGCCGGCAACUACUCCGUAUACGUCACGCGCGCCAACGUGGCCAUCGGCGGCGGUCCCUAUUCCGUUUCCGUCCUUCCGGGCCCCGCUUCCGCCUCCACCUCCCGGCUUCUCCCCGCCUCCCUCACCAACUGCACCUCCGGUGGGACACGUGUCAUCACCGUAUUGGCCUACGAUGCCCUCGGGAACCCGGCCACUGCCACGGCCGACGUCUUUUCCGUUAGCGUCACCGGAAUGGAAUCCCUCACCGGACAGCCGGUCCCGAUGCCGUCAGCAGGGCCCGGAAUUUACAACUUCAGUUACCCCUGCAGCCGGGCGUUCUCACAGAAGAGCUUCCUUGACGUCACGCUGGCGUCAUCUUACGUCGUCAGCGAGGUGCCGUUGACCACUUUCCCGGGCCCGGUUAAGAUAACCAACAUCAUGGCCCGCCCUUGGCUGCCGGUCACCGUGGGCGUGCCGGUAGCGCUAACCUUCGUCGCUAAUGACAAGAACGCUAACCCGCUUUGGACGGGUGGUCUCAACAUCACCGCGCAGUGGGUCAACGGGCUGAAUAAAAGCACAGCGCUCAACGUAACCGAUAACGGGGACGGUACGUACCAGCUGCUAGACCCAUUCGCUAACCCGGUGGUUAACGCGAACCUGGUCAACUCGUCGUUCCUGCAGCUAACCUCGGUCUCGAGCUCAUCGGGACUGAGUUCGACGCUGGGUCCGACCAUAACCCAAGAUAACACCACCGAUUUGUACACUGUCCGUUUGACGCCGCUACGGGCUGGGUUAGUCAGGCUAACCCUGACUGUUAACGGCGUUCCGGUUGUCAACGCCACAACGGCGCAGCCGUACUGGGUUCCGGUGCUUUCGGGCCCCCUUUCCGCUCCUAACUCUCUCGUGGUCGGUUCGGGUUUCACCGUAGGAGCGGCUUCGGCGGUUCAAGCAAGCUUUUCGGUAACGGCCCGCGACACAAACAACAACACCGUCACCGCUCUGCCAGAGGGCAAGAGCUUCUCCGUCGCCUUUUCCGACGGAAGCAUUAGCGGAACGGUCUCGAGCGCCGGAGACGGAGUCUUCCUCGCUACGUACACGCCCACCCCGGCCCAGGUUACGGCAAACCCGUCCCUAACCAUCACGGUCACCUACGACGGGUUUACGGUGGCCACAAGCACCGUAGCGCUGUUAACCCAAGCCAGUUCUGUGGCCCCCGCCAGGAGCAGAGCCGUGGACGAGAACGGACUUCCGCUCCGUUCCGCUGUGAAGGGCACCGUCGGAACGGACAUCGUCUUCUUCAUCCAACCGAGCGACUCUACCGGGCUCGACAUCAGAUCUACCGGGGCGCCCAAAGCCUUCCAAGUCGCAAUACCCAACUUUGGAGUCAUGAUCCCGGUUCCUCUCUCGGAUGGAACCGGGCGGUACCUGGUCAACUUCACCUCCCCGGUCGCCAGACAGCUGUCGGUAACGCUUGCCAGCUAUGCCGACUCCAGCGAGACGCUAGCAAACUCCCCGCUUACGGUUCAAGCUGCCCCGGGGCCUUCGGCGGCCAGUGCCGCUCAGUUGUUCAAAGCCGGAGGCGUCGACCAGUUCUUGCCAACCGAGCAGAGGACGGCCGGGAAGGAGGACGUCAUCGUGGUAAAGUCGUAUGACGUCAGCGGGAACGCGCAGGUGUAUAACGCGGUGGCUGGGGGUGACGUCUACACGGCAGCAAGCCUGGUGGAUAAGCAGGACGGCACCUACGAGCUCCACUAUACGGCGACCGUCGCGGGCGUCUACAACCUGACCGUGUCGCUGCGAGACCCGGCAUCGGUCGCUUGGACGCCUGUGAAUGGCCAGCCGAUGCAGAUCACGGUCGUGAAUGGAAACUUCCUCAUCUCCCAGUGCGCUCUUCGACCCACCCCGCUCUUCUCAAUGACCGUCGUCUCGGGCGCACCGUUCACUUUCACAGUGCUGGCUAGAUCAUUAUUUUACCGGGAACUUGCAACAAGGGUGCUGAGCUACUUUGUGAUUUUGCAGGAUGCUUACGGCAACGCUUACACCAACGGAGACAAGUCGUUUGCCGUGACCACGUACGGCGGCACAAACCCGCCGCAAUGCUCCAUAACGGCCACGCCCGUUUCCUCCGAGUUCCUGGGAACUUGCACCGGACUAAGCGUGGGCUACUUCCGGGUCAAGGUCGCGGACAGCAGUGCCAGCUCCGCAGUCGUUCCGGGCACCCCCAUGCUGGUCGUUGUUACGCCGGGACCAGUUUCCAGCAACACGACCUCGGCUUUCGGCGACGGCCUCACCGUGGGGACCGCGGGGCAGGUCGCCUCGUUCGUGGUGACGGCCCGGGAUGCCGCCGGCAAUAUCUUCAGCAGUCUGCCGGCCGUGUCUUUCUCCCCUCCAAACAUGGUAGACAGCAGCAGCGUGCGGGUCGUCUUCACGGCUUGUGCGCCGGAUGCGACCAGUUGCCUCGCAGCAGUCACCUACAAGCCCGCGAUGUGGGGAAGCGUCACGAUUACCGUCGCGUCUGGGACUACUGUGACCGGCCGCUACGCCCCGGUCAUCGCGCCAGCGCCCGCGCCGCAGCUCCUCUCCGCCAAACUCUCAAACCUGCUCACCACGCUGAGCGUCCAGUUCGACCAGCCCACUAACCUGGGCGGUUUGCAGCUGGUUAAGCCCCGGAACCAGACCUGCCAGAAGCUGCUCGACCCGAGCACCGUAGCCAAGCUCGGCCAAGCCGGGCGCUUCUUCUGCGACUGGCCGGACAGUGAUUCGCUGCAAAUCACCCUCGGUUUCAAUGCGACGAUCCUACCGGUAGGAAGUCUUGCGCCGGACUCCAUCGUUCUGUUACCAAACGUGGUCGGUAACGCGGCGUCCAACUCGUACAACGCGUCCGGUUCCGUUCCGCUGAGCGCGCCGGACGCGCCGCCGGUUCCGAUGGUCAGUCUGACGGCGCCCAAUGCGAUCGGGCCCUGUGACUCGGUCGUUCUGUCGGUUGCCGGGUCGACCGGGGGAGGGGGCCGGCCCCUGCAGUACGGCUACUUUGUUCAGGGGCUCAACACCGACGCGACGGCCGCGCUCACCAAAACGCUCGCGAACUACACCGCUGCGGGUUCCUACACCUCCCUUACCCUCAGCGCAACGGAUUUGGUUCCCGGUAAUGUUUACACUUUCACCGCCAUGGCGACCAACUUCGUGGGCGUUACUAGCACACCGGUCGCCAUUACGAUCGCCAAGUCCGACAAACAGAUGCCUUACGUCAUCGUACCGGGAUCCGGCCCCGAGAAACGCAUCACGGGUAACGCGAAUUACAUCAUCACAGCGUUCGCGGUCGGGGGAGUGCCCGGGAAAUUUGCUUACGUCAACGGGCAGUGCGUGCCGGCGUUGAACUACACCAACCUGCCGAUGAACUACACGUGGCAGCAGAUGACGGGGCCCAUCAUCAACGUCAGCAGCUUACCUGCAGCUUACCAGAGCUCGCUCCGGUCGUCGUAUCUGAAGAUCCCCGGGAAUGUGCUGAAAGUGGGCGUCGAUUACGAAUGCAUGGUGUCCGCCGCUCUAAACCUCGGCAAAACCUUGGGCCCCGCGGCGACCGGCCGCGUCACCCUCUCCCUCGAGCCGCAGCCGCUCGUGGUUUACAUCCUCAGCGGAGAUCGUACCGGAAACUACAACGCUAACCUAACCAUAACGGCGUCGGCAGCCGAUCCGGACAGCAUAGUGGACGGAAACGGAAUUCCGUACCCGUUCCAGUACGCGUGGGCGUGCGACAAGCGGCUGAGCGGCGCGGCCGCGGCCGCGCUCUACCAGUCCGACGCGACGAACAACUACGGGCAGUUCCUGAUCUUUCCGGCGAAGUCGCUGCCUUCGUCGAACGACAGCUACACCUUUACUGUCACCGUGUCGAAAGAACCCCUCUCCACCGGGCGGCUCCGCGUCCCCGCCUCCGCCAAAAUCACCAUGGCCACUUCCCGCACGAUCGCCAUGGCGAUCAACGUUACCGGGUCAAGCAUAACCGGGGGCGUCGCGUCUUCUCGCAAACUCGAUUUCACAGCCUGGUCAGACGUUCCGGGCACUAUUUACUCCUGGGCGCUCAAGAAUAACGGCACCGGUCAAACGUACCCGUUCACGGUUAGCGGUGACACGAGAUCGAUGACCAUUUUCCCGGGCACUCUGCCCGGGGGACGCGUGUACCGGGUUACGCUAACCGCGGUGGACCCGACCGGGUUUCUUUCCGGGCAGACGUCCAGGGACUUUACGGUGUACAACGUGCCCAGCGGCGGGACCAUGGCCGUGGAUCAGAUCAACGUGACUCCGAACAAAUUCAACCCCGGCUUCAAGUACUACUGGAGGUUGACCGCGAGCGACUGGUCAAAGAGCCCCGAAGCCCCCAACGGGAUGCUCCAGUACCAAUUCCGGUACUCAAUAGAAGGGGGAUAUGAGUAUAUUGUUAGCACGGGGGCGAGUACUGUCGCCACGGUUAAUCCGUUUGGACCGGGCACGUACCGGUUCAUUUUGUACGUCAGCAACCCGGGAGCGCCGGCGUCGGCCCCGGGCGACCAGCCCAACGGUGCCAGAUUCGACGGUGCGACCAAGUACGUUUCGUCCAAGCGGCGCGCCCUUUUGUCUUUCGACGAGGACGAGUCCCCCGGGCCAAUUUUUGAGGGGCGGUCCCUGCUUCAGUCUUCCCCGGUGAACGUUACCGUCGCAAUCGCGGAUUAUGAGGACACUUUCCUGCCGGCUGCAUACCAGACGGCAGACUAUUUCGCCGUGCUGACGUGGGCGAUCAGGUGGGGUGCCACGUAUGCACCGCCCGAUCCGCUCCAACUCGGCUGCGGCGUCGGGAACGAUUUGAUGCGCGGCGCGAAGGCGGACGUCCUCAAAAUGAUCGACGUCCUGGACCAGUCCGCACCACCGGCCUUCUCCCCCGGUCUGGACAGCGGCGGCGGCGCGAUCAUCGCCAACCAGCACGCGUGCGCGCUCGCGUCGAUCCUCGCGCCCGCGGACGAAGUCGCGCUUUCCCUCCUUCCGGCGACCAGCGACAACUCCACCCUCUCUUCCACGGUCGCCGAAACGCAGCCCGCCAUCCAGAGCGCCAUCGUUACCUUCCUGCCCAAGCUCCAGCUCAUCGCCCAAUACGGGCUUGCCACGUCACCCUGCGCCGGGGACAGCGGCUCGUGCGACAAUUACGAGUGCUUCGCCCGCGCGGCCGACGCGCUCCUGAACGCGGCCGCGCGGCAUUGCGCGGCCGCGUCGCUGCCGCAGCUGUGGUGGUUUGACGCGGCCGCUUUCGCGCCCGUGCUGCUCGCCAGGGUUUACGGGAACGACCCCUCGGUUUCGACACCUGGAGUGCCCACCAAUUUUGCGGGGCAGACGUUCGAAGGAACGGCAAUCCAGGCCGGCGGAGAUGGCGGUGCCGUUGCGGCGACGGCCGGCAGCUUCGGGUUCAGCGUGCCCGUUUCCGAAACGGGGGUGACGGCGUAUGCCAUAGCGUAUGCCGACGGCGUCUCCUUUGCAAAUGCGCCGGUCGUCAUUGAGGGAGCCGUGAGCACCGCGGCGCUAUUUCUUGUCGACAGCAAUGGAACCUACACCGCUGGCGCCCCGGCCACGAUCACAUACGCCAAGCUGCCCGCCCUUCCGACCGGUCUGGGAUACGCUAUCGACGUGUACCAGGCGACCGGUUGCGACCUCUGGGCUUUCCCGGCGGACCCCACCAGCAACGAGUACACCACCUGCGUCUGGUCUGCCGCCGCAACCAACGUUUCCAUUUCCGUUGACGCUACCGGAACCGGAACCGCAACGGUUGCCGCCUGGAAUGGAAUCUUCGUCCUGCACACAGUCCCAGUCCCCAGCUUGGUCAGCUUUGCAACGGCGACCGUUGCGCGGCCCGAUCCCAAAACCGCGCCAAUCCUCAUUGUAAAGAUCCCCGGGGCAACAGCAGUCACUAUUUCCGCUUCCGUUGUGGGCGUUACUCCGGCCGGAGCCUCGGCGACCGAUUCCCUCACCGGGGUCGCCGUCUUCUACCGGGGCGCCUCCCAGCCGGUACCGGUGACUGUUCCCCCGGUCGCAGUGGUCGCCGUCUUCUUCACCCAGGGCGCCUCCACAGGAGCGUUCUUUCCGUUCGCGGGGAACAUCACAUUCAAGGGGAUCCCCCCGCCGCCCGCCGGCGAGGCCUACAUCUAUGACGUGUACCACGUCAGCGGGUGCGCGACCGCCAUGCCGCCGUCAGCGUUUGAGAACGCGUACGCCGGGUGCGUGUGGACGUCCGCUGCGGAGCGGGCCCGGGUCCCGUAUGACGCCCAAGCUGCGUCAGCAACCAUCGCCCCGACGCAGCGGCAUUGGAACGGCGUCUUUGUGCUGUACUCCAUUCCGGCCGCCGCGUUGCCCCCGGCGCCUUCCCCACCUCCCCCGGUCAUCACCGACGCCAUGACUGUUGACCCGGCCGCUAACCCGGUCGUAACCCGGGCGGUCGGCGAGAGUCUAACCUUCAGCUUUGCGGCGGCUGGUGCGGCGCCUAUUGAGGCGACCGCGGCGAGCUUCCCAAGCAUCGACCAGGUGCCCAUCUCUUACAACCUCCGCCCGGCAGCGCCGGUCGUCGGCGCGGUCGCGCUUUUCCUCACGCAGGGCGGCAGCGCCUUCGAGCCCCCGUCCGGCCAAAUUGCGUUCGGAAACGUCCCCGCUCUAGUUCCGGCCACGCGGCGCGCGCUCCUAAGCGCAAGCGUCCAGUACGUGGUAGACGUGUACACGCCAACCCGGUGCAAUCCGACCGGUCCUCCGACCGACUUUGCUGCCUUCUUCGGCUGUACCUGGGCGGUGGAUCGAGACCUCCCGGUCACUUACAACGCCUCCGUGGGCGCCGCAACUUAUGCCCCCAACCCCGACCACUGGAACGGACUCUAUCUCCUUCACACCGCUGCCGUCGAAAGCCCCGCGAGUCCGCCGACUACGCCAGUUCCAACGACCGCACCCCCCCCACAAAUCGCGAGCCCGCCACCCCCGAAAGAGGGGCAGGUUGCGACGGGGGGCACGAACAGAGUCGCUAUCGGGCUCGGGCUUGGGGUUGGCGCGGCGGGGGCUUUGGUCCUCGCGGCGUCGGGUGCGUUUGUGACUCUUCAGCGCCGGAAGGUGGCCGCGCACCGGAGAAAGGCGCGCGCGGCGGCGGCGGCCCGGAGCGUGCAGAUGGCGGAAGCGAGCCAGAGUGGAGAUGGAGGAGCGCCGGACGAGCAGGGCGCGGCGGCCGGGACGAGCGUGGAAGGUUCUCAGGCUGAGAUUGAAGGCACGUGA